GCGGCGCUCCUGUCAGGGGGCAGCAGGUCCGGAGCGGCUGGUCCUCCCCUUCCCCCGACCCCAGCCCUAGCCGCAGUGGAGCCGGAGCGCGUGGGUGCGCCCCACCACCGCCGUCACCAUGGUGCUGUUGGCAGCAGCAGUCUGUACAAAAGCGGGAAAAGCUAUUGUUUCUCGACAGUUUGUAGAGAUGACUCGAACUCGGAUUGAGGGCUUGUUAGCAGCUUUUCCAAAGCUCAUGAACACUGGAAAACAGCAUACAUUUGUGGAAACAGAGAGUGUCAGAUAUGUUUACCAGCCUAUGGAGAAAUUGUACAUGGUACUGAUCACUACCAAAAACAGCAACAUCUUAGAAGAUCUGGAGACCCUAAGGCUCUUCUCAAGAGUGAUUCCUGAAUAUUGCCGAGCCUUAGAAGAGAAUGAAAUAUCUGAGCACUGUUUUGAUUUGAUUUUUGCAUUUGAUGAAAUUGUUGCCUUGGGAUACCGGGAGAAUGUUAACCUGGCACAGAUCAGAACCUUCACAGAAAUGGAUUCCCAUGAGGAGAAGGUGUUCAGAGCAGUCAGAGAGACUCAAGAGCGUGAAGCCAAGGCUGAGAUGCGGCGUAAAGCAAAGGAAUUACAGCAGGCCCGAAGAGAUGCAGAGAGACAGGGCAAAAAAGCACCAGGAUUUGGGGGCUUUGGAAGCUCCACAGUGUCUGGAGGCAGCACGACUUCUAUGAUUACAGAGACCAUCAUUGAAACUGAUAAACCAAAAGUGGCACCCGCACCAGCCAGACCUUCAGGCCCUAGCAAGGCUCUGAAACUGGGAGCUAAAGGAAAGGAAGUAGAUAACUUCGUUGACAAAUUGAAAUCUGAAGGUGAAAACAUCAUAUCCUCCAAUAUGGGCAAGCGUACCUCUGAAGCAACCAAAGUGCAUGCUCCACCCAUUAAUAUGGAGAGUGUGCACAUGAAGAUUGAGGAAAAGAUCACAUUAACCUGUGGCCGAGAUGGAGGAUUACAGAACAUGGAGCUGCACGGCAUGAUCAUGCUUAGAAUCUCAGAUGAUAAGUUUGGUCGAAUUCGUCUUCAUGUGGAAAAUGAAGACAAGAAAGGAGUACAGCUACAGACCCAUCCAAAUGUGGAUAAAAAACUUUUCACUGCAGAAUCUCUAAUUGGUUUGAAGAAUCCAGAGAAGUCAUUUCCAGUCAACAGUGAUGUAGGGGUGCUAAAGUGGAGACUACAGACCACAGAAGAAUCUUUUAUUCCACUGACAAUUAAUUGCUGGCCCUCAGAAAGUGGAAAUGGUUGUGAUGUCAACAUAGAAUAUGAGCUACAAGAAGAUAAUUUAGAACUGAAUGAUGUGGUGAUCACCAUUCCACUCCCAUCUGGUGUUGGUGCUCCAGUGAUCGGUGAGAUUGAUGGCGAGUAUCGACAUGACAGUCGACGAAAUACCUUGGAGUGGUGCCUGCCAGUGAUUGAUGCCAAAAAUAAGAGUGGCAGCCUUGAGUUCAGCAUUGCUGGGCAGCCCAAUGACUUCUUCCCUGUUCAAGUUUCCUUCAUCUCCAAAAAAAAUUACUGUAACAUACAGGUUACCAAAGUGACCCAGGUAGAUGGAAACAGCCCUGUAAGAUUUUCCACAGAGACCACUUUCCUAGUGGAUAAGUAUGAAAUUCUGUAAUACCAAGAAGGAACCGAAAAGGAAAAUUUUCAAAUGAAGAAGCCAGCAGUGGCUGAAGAGUUUUUUCCAAACCCACAAGCCAUUGGAGACCCUUUUUUUUCCAAAUACAGUGCACGAUUCUCUGAGCGCAAGGACCCUCAGCUCCCCCUCAGUGUUUCAGUGUCACAGAGACAUUCUUUGGCAAAGCAGUGGCACACCAUACAGGGAAAGGCUGCUGAUUUCUUUGGCAGAUUUCCUGGCCAGCAGGAAAGCAAGCUCUCCAGAGAAUGCCCCCAGUUAAUCGUUCUUUCCCUUUGCCUAAGUUGUUCUUUUAUUUGAAUCCUUAAAUAUAUUAUAUUUCAUACUUUGUUUUUAAAAAGUAUUCUCUGCAGAAGAUUUUAAUCUUUCACACUUCUUUACCUUCAGUUUUUUUCUUUUGUAUAUCCAGUCAAGCCCUGGGGUCAUCUGCAUAUAGGCAUUGUAUCUGGCACUCCCGUAACAGGUUGAUCUAAUCCAGUCUUGAUUUUUGGACUAUACAAGUGAACUGCUUGAGGGGUAUGAGGUCUGCACAUUAAAAGAUGAGGUUGUCUUAUAUCCUCUUCCUAUAUCUAGUCAUCCCUCCAUUCCUUUGCCAAGCCAUUUUCCUUUCAGGUUUGUCGCUCUGCUUUAGAACACUACUGUGAAUCCUAUUGUGUCAAUAAUAAAGACAGCUGAGAAGCAGCUUUCAGAUGGCAUAGCCCCCCACUUCAAAGUGUCCUGGAGGAGAACGGUCAUGUCCAGUUAGGGAUUUCACACCCGCAGGUAAUCAUGUCUGCUGCUGGUGCUACCCAGCCUUCCGUUCUCCACAUUUUGGGUACUUCAGCUAAUACAUGAUAGCUCAUGGUCUUUGUAAUCCAUUCACAUUCCUGAGAUUCACCACCUCCCUCUUCCUGAAUGUUCUCUAUAUGUCAUCAGUUUUUUCCUUUCCAUCUGAAAUAAGGUUAUGAUUUUGGAGGCUGAACCCUCAGUGAGUCUUUUUGCCAGUGCCGUUGGCCCUAAACUGUCAAGAAGACUCCAGUUUCACCAUCAGAUUUUUAGCCUUUGAAGAUGCAGCUGAUUAUAUUGCUGUAUAGGAAUUGUUGAUAAUACUCCUUUCUAGCCUCCUCAACAUUUUUUUCAGCAGCCUAUCCUUCCCAUCUCUGAAAUCCUUCCUUUUUCUCCCCUAAGCCUUUUCUGUUGAGUGUCAUCAUGUAGCGGUGGUUUCUCAGCCCCCCAUCCAUUAUUUCUUCAGUGGAGAAGACUGCAUCAGCCAGCCUUGCGUUGUCUUUUAAUCUAGUAUUGCACUGGGGAUCAGUAGAGUUGUUGCCAGGCUGCAGCCACGGGCGGGGGUGGGUGGGUGGGAGAGAUGGAUGACAGUAGACGCCCUCCUGCACUCUCAGCUGGUUGGAGAGUACCACUCCACUCUGAACAUUUGGCCUUCCCUGCAAAGAGUGUACUGUACUUGAAGAAAGCAGUCACACACAAAUGGCCAUGGAUGGAAUUGUUUGCCAAAGAAAUUUCUGGCCUUUCCCUUCCCCUUAAUCACAUCAGGGAAGAAUCCUUAUUUCUAGCUUGGUUUCCACAUAAGGUUUUUUGAGGAAGGGGACUGGGACAAGAAAUCUGUCGUGUAGUUACGUAGACAAGGAAUCUUAUUAAUUCAGUUUUGUUUGAGAGUUGCUUGUCCAUAUGAUUUUUUAAAAGUGAGAUUUAGUUUCACAAAAACUUUUUUUUCUGAAAUUACUUUUGGGGUAAUAUUUAAAAUGAGAGACAUUUUGUAACCCUGUAAAAUACAUAGGGAAUAUAACAUUCCAGUGUACACACAGAAGACAGAUUCUUUAAUCAAAUAAAGAGUAUUAUAAAAUGAAAAAAAAAAAAAAA